GUCCUCGCCUGUGAUUCAUUUCCUUCAGUCUGUAGGGUUGCUGAAAUGGGCCCUCUGUUAGGUUUUAUACUGCUCUUUGUAUUCGGCGUAGCUGUAGUAUUCUUCAUUACCAGAGCCGGAUCGUCUAUUCCAACAUUGGUUAACUGUUGGUACUGCAACCACAAUGUGUUUUUGCCUGUGAAUGGACUUGAGAACGUUGAGCGAUGGAAAUGUCCAGUGUGUGACAGCUUGAAUGUCAGGAACAAGGCAGGAGAGCUGAUCGACUCUAUACCAGAAAUGAAGGAUCCCACACUCAAUCAGCAAAGCCGAGUGUCACGACGACCGUCUGCCAAAACCUCAACCGACGUCCUAUGUUCAAACUGCGACCUGGCACAACAGCGCAUUCUUGCCUAUGUAACAUCCUAUGACCCUGAAGACAAUGACAAGGAUUAUCUUCAGCAUGCAAAUGUAUUCAAAAGAAAAUUGGAGGAGAGGUACCCACUUUGUUCGACAUGCCAGCAGAAAGUGGACAACAUCAUUGGCGAAAGAGAUAAAGUCGCAAAGUCACUCAUGAUCGAUCGUUGUCGGCAGCAGCUACAUUCAAAGCCAGUGAUGGCUAUUCCUAGUAGACAACAAGCCAAACGCAAUUUCUAUAUCCAGGGCAUCUUGUUUUGCGCUCUUCACAUUACCACCAUCCUCCUUUCAAUGAGAGCCACUAUAUGGCCAAAGGAUACCGUCGAACUCUUACAGGAUACGGAAUAUGUGUUCAUGCCAUCCAGCGUUACUUCGAUUUUGCCCAUUGGAUGGUCGUAUACUGUUCCACCUUCGAUCAUUGCCCUGCUUGUCUCUGUGGCUUCCGCGUGGUGGAUCUUCUGGCAUCCAUACCAAAUGGAAGUGUAUGGGUACACAGGAAAAUUCAUUCCUCGUCAAAAGACGUAUAUGGGUAUACAAAUUGCUCUCUUCGCAUUCCGCUUGGCGACUGUUUUGGCCUUGUUAUAUGGUACGACAACUGAUUUUACACGGCUGAGCAUAAUCUUGUUUAUACUCAGCGUAUCACUCUUACCUUAUUCCCUUAGCAUCCUUGAGGUGCUCAAACAUCCCAGCCUGUUUGAAAAAAUCCAAAUCAUCCAGGAAGAAAGACGACGCGAAAUCGCCAAACAAUCUUCUCGGCCUUAUGAUUUUGACUGGGAUGAAGACCUUGCCUCUCAACCGACAGCAUCGGUGGCUGAACCGAAACCCGCCUUAAGAAACCCCCUUCCCAGCCAUUAUACCCAAAGAGAUCAGCAACCUGAGUGGGAUUUCUCCCCACAACGAUUUUUCCCGCGAGAGGUAAGCCUAUGGUAUUUUUUUACAUCGCCUUUGCAUCAACGCUAAUUCCCUUUGAUCUUUUAGAAUCCAACCGGGCUUGAACCUCUGUUGGGUGAUAUGAAUUUGGCAGAACCCAACUUCUUUCAACGAACAGCAAGGAGCAUGCAAGGAACAUUCAUGAACGCCUUUGAAUAGGACAUUUGAAAGAAAAGUUAUACAAUUAAUUUAAUCCAGCAAUGUAAACCACUCCACCUCAAUAGACACGUCGCAUACCCUCUCGCAUAAUUUAGUCCGCAUCCAACCCCAUAAAUUAAACACUGCCGCCUAACUGUACAUUAUCAUUUUUUUUUCU